ACUCUACUAUAAAGACACCCUCAUUUUGCUUCUUACAUACCUACAUACUCAUCUCUCUUCUUCUUCUUCUUCUCUAUCUCUCUCUCUCUCUCUCUCUCUCUCUCUAUAUAUAUAUAUAUAUAGAUAUAUAUUUAUCUCAUUCCUAAUGGUGUUGAAAGAGAUGGAUAAUUUUGGUGUCUUGAGAUUGCCUCCUGGGUUCAGGUUCCACCCAACAGACGAAGAGCUUGUGGUACAAUACUUGAACCGCAAGGUCCACUCUUUCCCUUUGCCUGCUUCCAUCAUCCCUGAGGUUGAUGUUUGCAAGUCUGAUCCUUGGGAUUUACCAGGUGAUUUGCAGCAGGAGAGGUUCUUCUUCAGCAGCAGGGAAGUCAAAUACCCGAAUGGAAACCGAUCCAACCGCUCCACACUAUCUGGAUACUGGAAAGCAACCGGGUUAGAUAAGCAGAUUGUUAGUUGGCGGAACAAGCAAGUAGUGGGCAUGAAGAAGACUUUGGUUUUCUAUAAAGGGAAGCCACCGAGCGGACGUCGAACUGAUUGGAUUAUGCAUGAGUACCGACUAGCAGCAGCUAGCCCAGAAGCCCAGGGCAUGGAGAAGUGGGUGGUGUGCAGGAUUUUCUUGAAGAAAAGAGGGAAGAAGGAGGAGGAAAAACAAGAGAAAAAUGUGCAAAAAGGCAAGUCCAAUCCAAUAAUAUUCUAUGAUUUCAUGGCAAGUAAAAGGAAGGGGGAUUUGCCAUUACUAUCAUCUGGUUCAAGUGGGAUUACUACUAAUACUAAUACCAAUACUAAUACAAGUGAGGAUGAUGAGGAGGAGCAGAGCAGCAGCAAAUGCUAUGAUGUAUCGACUUUUAGGAGAAAAGAGUGAGGAGCACUACAAGUAGUGGAGUGGAUGCUUAAAUUUAUUAAUUUUUAGGAAGCUUAAUCAGAAGAAUAAUUCCCAAUUUAGAUAUUAAGAUUCAUUCUACCUUCCUUCAUCCAUGGAAAGAAACAAGAGAGAAAGGAAGGAAGGAAAGAAGAAAGUAGCUGCUACUUUGUAAUCUGUUUUUGAUGAUUCCAAUUUCAUCUUUCUUCAACUUAAAUUAUACAC